AUGAAGGUGGAGGAGGAAGAGGCUGGGGUAGGGAAGCUGGACCCCACUAACUACAGGAGGCGAUGUCAGGACCAGGAAGACUGCCGUUCCAUUCACAUCGGGCUUUCCGUUCCCAGUUACCCUCACAGGAAAAGAGACCAGAAGGGACAUCUUCCAGGCCUGCAAAAGGCCCGCUGGGGCUUGCGGCCAGACAAGCCUCAGCAGGGGCUGGCCAGUGCGGGCAGCGGUGUGGACCGUGUCAGCAAGACGCGGUCUCCAGCUGCUGAGCAGCUCCAGGACAUCCUGGGGGAGGAAGAUGAGGCUCCCAACCCCACCCUCUUCACAGAGAUGGACACUCUGCAGCAUGAUGGAGACCAGAUGGAGUGGAAGGAGUCAGCCAGGUGGAUAAAGUUUGAAGAAAAGGUAGAGGAAGGAGGCGAACGCUGGAGCAAGCCCCACGUGUCCACGCUGUCCUUGCACAGCCUCUUUGAGCUCCGCACCUGCCUGCAGACGGGAACCGUGCUGCUGGAUUUGGACGGUGGCUCCUUACCACAGAUCAUAGACGACGUCAUUGAGAAGCAAAUUGAGGAUGGCCUCCUUCGUCCAGAGCUCCGCGAGAGGGUCAGCUACGUCCUCCUGAGGAAACACCGCCACCAAACCACAAAGCCCAUCCACCGCUCCUUGGCCGACAUAGGAAAGGCAGUCUCCUCCACCAGUCGAAGCCCAGCCCGGAGCCCCAAGGCCGGCCCGAGCCUACACCACUCCACUGAGGACCUGAGGGUGCGGCAAAGUGCGAAUUACGGCCGUCUGUGUCACGCCCAGAGCAGAAGCAUGAAUGAUAUUUCUCUCACCCCAAAUACCGACCAGCGGAAAAACAAAUUCAUGAAGAAGAUCCCCAAGGACUCAGAAGCCUCCAACGUGCUUGUGGGCGAGGUGGACUUCCUGGACCAGCCGUUCAUCGCUUUCGUGCGUCUCAUCCAGUCAGCCAUGCUGGGAGGUGUGACCGAGGUGCCUGUGCCCACCAGAUUUCUGUUCAUACUGCUGGGACCCUCUGGGAGAGCAAAAUCCUACAAUGAAAUUGGCCGUGCCAUUGCAACCCUCAUGGUGGAUGACCUUUUCAGCGACGUGGCCUACAAGGCCCGGAAUCGAGAGGACCUGAUCGCGGGGAUCGAUGAGUUUCUGGACGAGGUCAUCGUGCUUCCCCCGGGAGAAUGGGACCCGAAUAUCCGAAUUGAGCCACCCAAGAAGGUGCCUUCUGCUGACAAGAGGAAGUCCGUGUUCUCCCCGACUGAAUUAGGCCAGAUGAACGGCUCCGUGGCGGGAGGCAGCGGCGGGGCUGCUGGAGGCGGCGCUGCAGGCGGUGGCGGCGGCGGCGGCGGCGGCGGCGGGGCCGGCGGAGGGAGCGGCGCGGCUGAUGGAGAGAUGCCAACCGCGCAUGAAAUCGGGGAAGAGCUGAUCUGGACAGGAAGGUUCUUCGGUGGCCUGUGUCUUGAUGUCAAGAGGAAGCUGCCCUGGUUCCCAAGUGACUUCUACGAUGGCUUCCACAUUCAGUCCAUCUCUGCCAUCCUGUUCAUCUACCUCGGCUGCAUUACCAACGCGAUCACCUUUGGUGGGCUUCUGGGAGAUGCCACUGACAAUUAUCAGGGAGUGAUGGAGAGUUUCCUGGGCACUGCCAUGGCUGGCUCCUUGUUCUGCCUCUUCUCGGGACAGCCUCUCAUCAUACUCAGCAGCACGGGACCCAUCCUCAUCUUUGAGAAGCUCCUCUUCGACUUCAGCAAAGGCAACGGCCUGGACUACAUGGAGUUCCGCCUCUGGAUUGGCCUGCACUCAGCCGUCCAGUGCCUUAUCCUGGUGGCCACGGAUGCCAGCUUUGUCAUCAAGUAUAUCACCCGCUUCACUGAGGAGGGUUUCUCCACCCUCAUCAGCUUCAUCUUCAUCUACGAUGCCAUCAAGAAGAUGAUCGGUACCUUCAAGUACUACCCCAUCAACAUGAACUUUAAGCCUGACUCUAUCACCACCUACAAAUGCGAGUGCGUCGCCCCUGACACAGUGAAUACAACCCUGUUCAAUGCUUCAGCCACGCUGCCACCAAAUACCAACACUUCUCUGUACAACCCCUUUAACCUCACAGCGCUGGACUGGUCCCUGCUGAGCAAAAAGGAGUGUUUGAACUAUGGUGGGCGCCUACUUGGGAAUUCCUGCCAGUUCAUCCCAGACCUGGCACUCAUGUCAUUCAUCCUUUUCUUCGGGACAUACUCCAUGACCCUGACCCUGAAGAAGUUCAAAUUCAGCCGCUAUUUCCCCACGAAGAUUCGCGCCCUAAUAGCUGACUUUUCCAUCAUCUUCUCCAUCCUGCUCUUCUGUGGAAUUGAUGCCUGUUUCGGCUUGGCAACCCCCAAGCUGCUGGUGCCCAGCGAAAUUAAGCCCACACGGCCUGACCGAGGCUGGUUCGUGGCCCCCUUUGGGAAGAACCCGUGGUGGGUGUACCUAGCGAGCAUCCUGCCCGCCCUGCUGGUGACCAUCCUGAUCUUCAUGGACCAGCAGAUCACUGCCGUCAUAGUCAACCGGAAGGAGAACAAGCUGAGGAAGGCGGCUGGCUACCAUCUGGACCUGUUCUGGGUGGGCACCCUCAUGGCCCUCUGCUCCUUCAUGGGGCUCCCCUGGUACGUGGCUGCCACGGUCAUCUCCAUCGCCCACAUUGACAGCCUCAAGAUGGAGACAGAGACCAGCGCCCCUGGGGAGCAGCCCCAGUUCCUGGGGGUCAGGGAACAGAGAGUGACUGGCACCAUCGUCUUCAUCCUGACAGGGAUCUCCGUCUUCCUGGCUCCCAUCCUGCAGUACAUCCCUUUGCCGGUGCUGUAUGGAGUCUUCCUCUACAUGGGUGUGGCCUCCCUGAAUGGCAUACAGUUCUGGGAUCGCUGCAAACUCUUCCUGAUGCCCGCCAAGCACCAGCCAGACCAUGCCUUCCUGCGGCACGUGCCGCUGCGCCGGAUCCACCUCUUCACCCUGGUGCAGAUACUCUGCUUGGCUGUGCUCUGGAUCCUCAAGUCCACAGUGGCCGCCAUCAUCUUCCCAAUCAUGAUCCUGGGUCUCAUCAUUGUUCGAAGGCUUCUGGACCUCAUCUUUUCCCAGCAUGACCUGGCCUGGAUUGACAACAUCCUUCCAGAGAAGGAGAAAAAGGAGGCGGAUAAGAAGAAGAGAAGGAAAGGGGGCCAUGAGGACAGUGACGAGGAGGUGGGGAGGAUGGGAGGCCUCAGCUGAUGGGAGGGAUCAAGACCCUCCCUCCACCUCUGCCAUGGCUGGGGAGGGGUGGCUUCUCAGGGAGCCAGGGGGCACUGCCCAGGCCCAGCUUUGGUCUGAUGUGCUGAGAUCACGUGUCUCUGUGAAUACCAUUAGUGUAGGCCAGAAUGUAUGAGCCCCCUCACCCAGGGAAAAGGUGGG